AUGGAUGCUAAUCUAGAAGCAUUUUCUCUCGUAUGGUUGCAUUUUUCAGCUAAUGGGUUUGAAGAAAAUCAUCACGCUUAUCAACAACUUCGAUCAACGAUCAAUCAUAUUCGAACAUUUGAGGAUGAGAGGAGCUGUGAAAAAUACAUAAAAAAUUCGUCAGACGAUCGUAUUGUAGUUAUCGUUAGUGGACAACUGAAUCUAGAAAUCAUCAAUCGAAUCCAACGUUUGGAGAACGUCAGAGUUGUACUCAGCGAUAUCAAUGAAUUGAUCGUUCAGAUUAAAGCUGAUCAAAAUAAACGAAAUAAAAUAGAAGAACCUCUUUCCAUCAGCGUGUUAAACAAUAUAAAUGAACAGGAAGAAAAAUCAUCGUUGGAUAUAAAUGGAACAUAUCUUCACUAUCAACUACUCAUUGAUGUUCUUAUGCGAAUGCUGUCAUCCUCAAAUGAUAAAAAUGAACUAAUCGAUGUUUGCAAAAAAGAAUAUCAGAACAACUCACUUCAACAUAACAUUCUUGAUGAAUUCGAACAUACAUACUGUUCGGAUCAAGCCAUCUGGUGGUACACAAGAGAAUCUUUUCUCUAUCGUAUUCUCAACAAAGCGCUUCGUGUUCAGAAUAUUGAUCUUCUUUUUCUUUUUCGCUUCUUCAUUCGUGAUAUUUAUCAGCAACUCGAAAAAUUAAAAUCAACUCAAUCUAAACAGUUGAUACGUGUUUACCGUGCCCAGUUACUAGCGAAUGAUGAACUUGCUGUUCUUGCCAAUUCCGUGGGCAGAAUAAUCUCAAUGAAUUCAUUUUUGUCGGCCAGUCGCGAUCAAAACUAUGUUUUAUUUAUUUUGGGUGAUUCAGAUCCUGUUAACGACUGUUUGAAGCGUGUUAUUUUCCAAAUUGAUGCCGAUCUAAGCAUUGAAAAUAUCAAACCGUUUGCUGAUGUCAGUCAAAACAGCUUUUUUCGAGAGGAACAAGAAGUACUAUUCAUGGCUGGAAGUAUCUUUCGUCUUACUGAGAUUAAAGAAGUCAACGGAAUAUGGACCAUUGGAUUAGUUCUCUGUAGAGAAGAAGAAAAUGAUUUACGAGCACUUUAUAAACACAUGACAAAAAAGAAAACAUCAACUAUUACUUUGCUGACAUUGGGGAGUGCUCUGUCUGAGUCAGGCAAAUUUAACCAAGCUGAACGAUUUUUUCAGAAAAUGCUCCAAGAAUUACCUUCGAACGAUUAUUCUAGUUUAGCAGAAAGUUACCAAGGAUUAGCGAUUAUCUUUGCCGAGAGAGGAGACUAUGAAGGCAGUCUUGUAUGGAAUCAGAAGGCGCUCGAACUAUUGAGACAAGAACUUUCUCCUGAUCAUCCAGACAUUGGUUUUAGUUAUAAUAACAUUGGUAUUGUUUAUUGGAAAAUGAAUCAACUCGAGAACGCGCUAGAAUCUCUGAGAAAAGCUGUUAAUAUUUUCGAGAAAACUGAUGAUGAGGAUCGUCACCAUCGGAUUGCUGCAUGUUAUACCAAUAUGGCUCUCAUUCGAAGACACCAAAAAAGGUACGAAGAAGCAUUAGAAUACCUCUAUAAAUCUCUUGCGCUUAAUGAACAAGUGCUUCCCUCUGAUCACCAUAGUCUGGCUGAGACACAUACUAAUAUUGGUUCUGUCUAUAAAUAUCUGGGUCUAUUCGAUAUUGCUCUUGAACAUUUCAACCGUUCACUUUCUAUUUCACUUCGAUCGCUUCCUCACGAGCAUCGUAACAUUGCUAUUAUCUAUUGUAACAUGGGUAUCAUUUACGAAGCAAUCGAUGAUUUCAAUUUAGCUUUGAUAUAUUAUGAAAAAGCAUCUGUUAUUUUUCACAAGACACUCCCAGAUCAUCAUUCGCAACUCAUCAAUUGUGACCUAAAUCUUCAGCGAGUCAAGUCACAACUCAGCAAAAACUAA